AUGGACUCCAGCCGGUCAAAGACAAUUGUAUACCGGCGUCAAAACCCUUCUCCAGCUUCCAUCCCAGAGCUUCGGCCAGUGGCCGAACGUACGGGUGUGUUGGUCGUCAAAUUCCGUAAUACCUGGCCAAUCUCCGAAAUCUCCAUUGCAUUAUCAAAUGGCUGCUCACGCUCCUCGGUUAGCUCGACUAUUCACGCCGAUGUUCGCUCGUACCAUAAACGCGCAGCUGGUCCACCCAGCAGCGUCGCAGGUCGUGAAAUUGAAUCAGCUUUGGCGAGACCUUUGCAACGGGCGUAUUACCGUCCAGAAGCUUCACAAGCUGAGCUUGCGGCCAGCCUUUCUUACGGCAUAAUUAAGGGACAUCCGUUCUUCGAUGGCAAUAAAAGAACUGCUUUCUUCCUCGCGAAUGAGUACAUACGGGCACAUGGACACCCUGGAUUGGCCGAUGGCGUACAAGUGGGCGAAGUAUAUAAGGGCUUGCAGACCGUCGUAGACCAAUACGUCGGAGUGGCCAGCGGUCGAUUGGAGGAGGAUGCCCUUGCGCUUGCGAAUGGCGGAGCUAAGAGUAAAGACAGCUAA